AUGGUCGUCUACUCCUUCUACAUCUUCGACCGCCACACAGAAUGCAUCUACUCAAAAAUCUGGCUCCCCGCCGAGCGGCCCCCCUCCCAACAACCUCCCUCCUCCGCCGGCACAGGCGCCGCACCACCACCACCACCACCAUCCCAGCAGCUAGGCCGCCGCAGCCAAGUAAACUCGGCCAAGGACGACGCCAAACUCAUAUUCGGCACGGUAUUCUCCCUCCGCAACAUGGUCCGCAAGCUCGGCGGGGACGACGACGCCUUCAUCAGCUACCGCACCUCGGCCUACAAGCUCCACUACUACGAGACGCCCUCCAACCUGCGCUUCGUCAUGCUUACUGAUACGGCGACGCUGAGUAUGCGGAAUGUGCUGCAUCAGAUUUACAUUAACCUCUGGGUUGAAUAUGUCGUCAAGAACCCCCUGGCACCGGCCGAACACAAGGGCGGCGAAGGCGUCAAGAAUGAGCUUUUCGAACUGGGUCUGGAUCAAUUCGUCAGGAGCCUGAUGUGA